AUGGAACAGGCUGUGGAACUGAUCCACAGACAAGACGCUGCCGCGAAACAGAUGAAGAAGUCGAGGCCGAAGAAGUUUAGGUGCGAACACUGCGACGUCGCGUUUAGUAAUAACGGACAGCUCAAGGGACAUAUCAGAAUACAUACCGGCGAGAGACCCUUCAAAUGCGACGCGGAGGGUUGCGGCAAGUCGUUCACCAGGAACGAAGAACUAACGAGGCACAAGAGGAUCCACACAGGGCUACGACCGCACGCGUGCAUCGUCUGUGGAAAACGUUUCGGCAGGAAGGAUCAUUUGAAGAAGCACACGAGAACCCACGAGAAUCGUGAUCCUUAUCGAAUGUCUGCAGCAGCAUUGGGAAUGUUUGCUCUUGGCCAUGCUCUACCUCAGGGACAUCCGUUUCCUUCGUACAUCUAUCCGAUGUGA